AUGGCCUCCCUUACACCAGGAGUUCUACUAAAGCUCCUUCAGAGCAUUAACUCCAACGUAAAGGUUCGUGGAGAAUAUCGAUCGGUCCUGCUUCAAGUGAUUAGCAUUGUGCCCGCCUUAAGUGGCUUGGAGCUGUGGCCUAACCAAGGCUUCUUCAUAAAAGUGUCGGAUUCUUCUCAUUCCACUUAUGUCUCACUGUCCAAGGAGGACAAUGAGAUUAUAUUGAAUAACAAGUUGCAGCUUGGCCAGUUUUUCUAUGUUGAUAGAAUGGAGGCAGGAACACCAGUUCCUAUACUUAUUGGGAUCAGACCAGUUCCAGGACGACACCCUUUCGUGGGGAACCCGAAGGAUUUGAUGCAAAUGUUAGAGCCAUCAGAGAGUCCAGUUCAAGCUGAUCAGGAAGGCAACAAUAGUUUGAAAUUGAGGGAGUCCUUCGACGCAAAAGAUGAAAACUCAAGACAAACGUUUGUUAUUAAAGAGGAAAAGGCAGCUGUUGCAUCUAGGUAUAUGCAAGGUGUUUUGACAACAAAUUCAAAAGCUAGCGGACCAGAUUCUAAUGGAGGUGGGAAGAACCAUGACAAUGAGAGUGGUGCUAAGAAGGUUUCCAUGUUAAAAGGCAAGCAGCAAGAGCAUAAUGGUCAGGCACGCUCAAUAACUCCUUCCCACAAUCGACCUGGUGCACUUUCAUCAAAGCCGGAGUCAGUAGUAUCUAACACCAAGGAGACUGCUGUGCCUUAUAGAAGCACUUCUGCAAAACGAACUUCAAGCAAACAGGAAAACAUGAACUCUAAUUGUUUGUCAAGCCGAAAAGAUAAAAGUCAGUCACCAGAGGCUGUUUUGUGGGCUUCUCUGCCGGCUAACUUUUUGAGGCUUGGAAAGGGAAUGCUCAGGAGGAGAAAUUUAGCUUCUUUGGUAGCAGCAGAAGCUCAAAAAGAAGCAUCUACAGCUGCAACUCUUGUCAAAUGUCUCAGCUUGUUUGCCGAUCUAUGUUCAUCUGCCUCACCGGACAAUCCCCACCUUCCUGUCAACAAGUUUUUCAUACUCCACCAGCUCAUUGACCAACCAAACAUUGCAGCUCCAUUGAAGGAUAAUUCAAUUCCUUUAACUACAAAACAAUUAAUACCUCCAGAUGUUGGAAAGUUAAGCAAAAGGACAGGUCUAAUUCAUGGUAAAAGUACAUCGAAGUCUCCAAAGGCCCCUGCUGAGAUAAGUGGAGCAGAAAAACUAGAAUGGGCUAAAGGAGAUAGUGCAAAAGAGAUAGCAGAGCUGAAAGAAAUUCUCAUAAAUGAAACAAGAUCUUGGUUUUUGAAAUUCUUGGAGGAAGCAUUGGAUACUGGCUUUCAUCUGAAACCCCAAGAGAAGAAAGGUAAGGACAGUGCCGGGCGACGCAAUGAGCCAGACAAUCAUAUUGCUGUGACAUUAUCACAGCUUAAGAAAGCAAAUGAGUGGUUGGAUAAACUGAAGAACAAUAUAAGCUCGGACAACACUGGAUUGGUGGGGAAUGUUGACAGGUUAAAACAAAAAGUAUAUGCUUGUUUACUUGUUCAUGUGGAGUCUGCUGCUUCAGCUCUAGAAAACAGAUCUGACCGUGGUUGA